ACGGAUCAGAGCUGUCAUUAUCAUGAGGGCGGUGCUUUCGACAGCCAAUCAACGUGAUUUUCACUACAAGCUCGCUGGCACAGCAGUGGAGGACGCCUCGGCUGAGUGCUCGCACUCUGUUUACUUUGUCGGCUGGCAGUGUGUUCAGUUCAGUGUGAAGGAGCCGGCUCUGUAGAUAUGAGCAGCUGGCAGCUGUGAGGCCUCUCAGGACUUCCGUCUGCUCAGACGUGUUAACGAUGCUGCUGGACGAGCGGAUCUGGUUGCUGUUUAAGCGCCACUGGCCACAGACUCUCACCUACUGGAGCGUGUUCUUCAGCUUCGGCCUGUGCAUCGCCUUCCUGGGACCCACUAUCCUGGACCUGAGGUGUCAGACCCAGUCGACCCUGCAGCAGAUCACCUGGGUGUUUGUCUCUCAGCAGUUCUUUCUGCUGGUGGGCAGCAGCGUGGGAGGACUGUUUAAGAAAACCCUUAAGUCCUCGCUCUUAGCCCUCUUCAUCUGCACCCUCAUCAUCUCGCUGGUGUUUGCCGUCAUACCACUAUGUCACCACGUCAUACUGCUGUCCAUCGCCAUGGCGCUGGCUGGCAAAGCCAUGGGCGUGAUCGACACCAUCGCCAACCUGCAGCUAGUGAAGCUGUACCAGAAGGACUCUGCCAUCUUCCUGCAGCUCCCUGUCCCAGCGGCAGUGCUCGCAUUGAUGUCCCAUGAGCGAUUGCUGCCUUGCUCCAGAAGCAGUCCACGUCUGCUUGAUGCAGACUCCAACAGGAGCCCCACGGGGGACACGGACCAAGGACAUGGGAGUGUGUUUAGCUGCUGUAACCCUGCCAAACUCCGGGAUCGCUCUGCUACUUUCUUCAUCAUCCACGCUCUAGGAGGAGCUAUCCUCUUUAUCACAGAUGGGAUUAUAGGCUCUUAUGCUGGCUUCGUCUACACCUACGCCGUCUCCCCUCCUCUGCUGAUGGGCCAUAAGAUGGCAGGCUGUCUGGACAGCAUAUUCUGGGCCGCGAUCACCGUGGGAAGACUGGCUUCAAUGUACUUGUCCUACAGAUACACGGCACCCAAGCUGCUCACCGUCAGUCUGGUGGGAGUCAUACUGGUUCAGUGCCUGCUGUUAAUCUUCUACACCAGCUCUGUGUUUCUGUUCUUUGGCACCUGUGUGUUGGGCCUGUGCAUCAGCAGUGUGUUCCCCUCUGUGUUAGCCUUCACAGAGGACAUAUUAGAAUACAAAGGCUGUGCCACAACAGUGCUGGUAACGAGUGCCAGCACGGGGGAGAUGCUGCUUCAGCUGCUUGUUGGAUCGGUGAUCCACAGUCAGGGCAGCUACUCCUUCCUGCUGUGCGGUACAGUAGCAUCCUUUAUCGGCUUCUGCCUGUUCCUGCUGCUCCUCUAUAUCCAGAAUAUCCACAGAAGCCAGCACACAGAUUUGUCUCAAUGCACAGACAUGAAAGAGAAGCCAAAGACCAGAGACUCGUGACACACUGGAACCCAGAGAGCAGAGGAUACAGCAAAGGGAGAAAUGCUUCAGGAGAAGCUGACACUUCUUCCCCCGGGGUGGAGGGUUCACAAUCACACUCCUGCGUCAUGGAAAUCACAUGCUGAAUAAUUAUUUGCACCCUACUUUCACAGCCUGAUGAUCAACAAACGGCUCAAUGGAUGAUUAGAGUGUACACAAUCAUCUCUUUGAGCACAUUAAACUGUGCGUUGAUUAAA